UAUUUUCUUUGUGAGUUUCUUGUCCCCUUGCAUGUGUAAUAUAAAAAGGAUUUUUAUAAAAUUAUCUUAAUGUACAUAAUUUCAUAUGUAGGAACAUUAUAUCUACCCGUGACCAAUUUGUAAGCAUAAUUGUUAUAUUGAUUUACUUAACUAUUAUACCCCCAGAGAGUAAGAUUCACAUUUUGUACUAUGACAGGGAAAUGACCAUUAAUUAGGGGAUGGAGAAGGGAGGGAAUACCAGUGUAAACUCACAACUUCCAUCUAUCCUCUAUUUAAAAGAAUUAAAGAAAUGAGGAAUUUCUUCAGCAACUGCCUCAUAAAAAAAAUGAGAGAGACUUAAAGUCAAUUUUAAAGUGGGUAAAAACUAAGAACACUUAGUUACAGGAGGCAUUUAGCUCUUUAAUGAAAAGAUAAUAUGGAAAGUAAAAAAAUGAAAUAUUUCCUGCCCCCUCCCCCCGGAAUGUCUUUAAUAUAUAUGAAUUAUUAGGUAUAAAUUGAAAAUGUAUUGCUUUUCUUGAAAAAAGGAAGCAAUUUUAAAGUUGACUUUAUGUGAUCUGUUUUGUUCUCCAAAUUUAAGAAAGGAGGGUAUAGGGAAGGCACUUUACAAAAUAGAAAGCUUGGAGAUUGCUCUUUACCAUAGAUAAUCCCUGGUCCACUUGGUUGUAAACAUAGGCCCAGAAUUGUACAUAAAAAUUGUAGUUGCUUUUAAUGUUGUAUUAGUUAGAAAUUGUGCAUAGAUACAUUUUACAUACUCACUAGACAAAUAAAGAUGGGUCCAAUGUAAGCUACGCACAGAUUUUGAGUAUAUUUUAACUUUUUACAUUAUGAUUACUUAGACCAAAAUGGGUUAAUUUUAUUGUAUUAUGCAAAAUCUUAGCAUGAUGGGUCUGUACCAGAACCAUGCAUUUUCUUUGUGUUGAAACAAAGGAAGUCUAGCUCAGCCACAACAAGAAUAUACAUAGAAAAAUAAAUAUGUAUAUGUCAAUUUUGGCCAGAUUGCAACGCAAUCAGGGAUUAUAGAUUAGCGAUUCCCAUCCGUCUGUCCGUCCCUCUGUCUGCACUAAGGUUAAGAAAAAUGGUUAAGCUCAGUUUCCAAGUUUUUAAUUAUCCCACAUCAACUAAACUUGCAUGGUUAUAUGUAUCUAAUGAUGCUUAUCACAUGCAAUGCUUCAGAUGCUGCUUCUGACCUACAUUUUCUGCUUGACUGACCAGGUUAAGCAGAUUGGUUAGGUCAGGCCCCAUCUACACUGGUUAAGAAGAUUGGUUUAGGUCAUUUACCAAGUAACUACUUGUUCAUCAUCAAUGAAACUUGCAUUGCUUAUGUAACUUAAGGAUGCUUAUCACAUGCAAUGCUUGGGAUGCUGCUUCUGACCUACAUUUUCCGCUUCAGUGACCAGGUUAAGAAUAUUGGUUGAGGUCAGUUUCUAAGUCACUACGUAUUGUACAUCAACUUAACUUGCAUGGCUUAUAUAUGUAUCUACGGAUGCUAAUCACAUGCAAUGCUUCAGAUGUUGGGUCUGACCUACAUUUUCCGCUUGACCGACCAGGUUAAAAAGAUUGGUUAAGGUCAGACCACAUCUGCACUAUGGUUAAGAAGAUAAGUUUAGAUCACUUACCAAGUAAUUAAGUUGCUUAUGUAUCUAAGGAUGCUUAUCACAUGUGAUGCUAAAAGUUACAUGAAAAUGUACUUUAGCAAUCUGGCACUAUCACCAUUGGCGGUUUCUUGUUUUAGUAAUCUAUGUGGCAGUGUAAAUAGGGUGACAAGUAAAUAUGUUUACAGAAAAGUAAUUUUCUGGGAAAUUCUGAUUUGAUAUGAGAAAAGAAAAUGUUGUAUUUCUAGUUAUAGAAAUAUUGCCUAGGGUCAACGAGAAUCCAUCCUAAAUAUGUCAAGAUUUUAUGUUUUCAUUUUUGUUUUCGCAUCAUUUUGUCCUUUUUUUCCCUCAACAUUUUGUAAAUACAAUGUAAAAAAUUAUGAUGAUGAAAAUAAUAGACUUUUGUGUAAUUUUACAGUUGAAGACAAACAUGGAUGUUCAAGCGUAGUUGUUUUAUCGUAACUUUGGUGUUGGGACUAACACCUCAGGAUUCGUAACUUCACUAAUGGUGACAUCAGAAAUGCACUCCGAACGCGGACAACCCAUCCGUGUAUCCCCGUCAAAAUAUCACCGGACUUGUUUCUACGAUUCUUUUACGGAUCUAGACAGACUUCACUUGGAUUUAAACGUCAUCGUGGAUUAAGCUGAAUUUGUUAUUAACCAUUAACUUGUUGUUCCUAAGGCAACUAAACAUGGAUAUUAACCAAUUUACCAUUAAUUUGUUGUUCCUAUGGAAACUUAUAGACUUGGAUAUUAACCAAACCUAACCACAACAGAGGAAUACACUAUACCCAAGCAUAUGGCUUUACAUCUUGUGAAUUAGCCUGAAUCAGAACCCUUUGGUACACAUAUGAACCGGUCUAGAUCUCUUGGAAUAUAUAUUUCCCGUGUCUCGUGUCAGUGUGUGAAGGAGUUAUCUUGUUUCCAAAACAAUAUCCGUGUAUUGUAACGACGUAAUUUCUCUUCAUCAGUUCAAACAUUGUCUCUUUCUUUACUUGAAUAUCUACAUGUUUUGGAUCACAUUUUGCUUUUGACCUGUCUCUGAUACUUUCCUCGUCUUUUUAUCUUUUGAUAUACAUAUAGGAUCAAGUCAACAAUUUGGUGUUUGUUCUUUUAAAGUUUCAAGCGCCAAUUUUUUUCUCUGCUUGAACAUUUUUUAUCUACAUCUGGUUAACUAUAUAUAGGCAGUGACCAUAUUGUUAUUUUUUCUGUGAAUUAUAUUCUUUGAAUUAAAACACUUUUAGAAAUUUUAGACAUUUAGUUAAAUAACUAUAAACUUGAAAUGAUAACUUAUAUUGAUAGGACUAACACAUGGCAAAGAAAGUUUAUAAUGAACUAAGAAUUAUUUACAUAACAGAGGUUGUGAUUUGGUGCAUUUUCAAAUUUUUGCUUCAUUAAAAUAUUCAUUGAAAUCAUGAAUUUGAUUCUAAACUCCAGUUUUUAAAUUCAAUUACAAUGUAAAAUAAUAGAUUUUGAUUUGUAUAAUAUUACAAAAUUUAUAAAAAUUAAAUUGAUAUGAAACAUUCAGCUAAUUUAUGAUUGAAAAAAUAUAAUCUCAGUAUUAUUAGUAUUUAGGGCAUCCAUUGAAAUAAUGUGAUAACAUUUAUGUGUAAUUUACUACCGAAAUUUGUAUAUGUCAACAACUUUGUUUCAAAUCUAACAUGUUUUAUUUUUAAUGUCAUUAAUUGGAUAAAUACAAGAAACAAAGUAAUGAACAUCUGUAGUCUACUUUGUGUCAAACAGAUCUCUACAAAUUCACAGAAUCUCAAAAUCGUUCUCCAUUGAUCACCAAGUGUUCAGUAAUUAUUAUUCGUAAUUGUUUAAAAAAAACUUUGUUAUGAUAUGUCGUCUGUUGAACGGAUUAACAAACUGCUCAGAUUUCAACUAUUUUGGAAAACUACUGCCCAGUGUUAGUUUGUGUCGAUCAUAAGUCAUGGAUAUACCCGAGAGUGUGUUGAACAGCUUGUCGGAGAAAUUUCUCCCGGGCGGCGGGGGCAUAAACUUUCCCUCUGCAGACAGUCUAUCGUUGGGGUCCCCUAUGGGGUACCCCUCUCAAGACAGAGGUGGGGCAAGAGGGAGUGCAAAUUACUCCCUUUCUGACCCGCUAUCAGCCAGUUCAGGCCCAGGUCUGGAUUAUUCCCUACAUGGACGAUUGGCCCAAAAUUCGUCAUCAAAUUAUGUUGAUCGUCAGGCAUCAGGUGGGAGCACCAAUUACACCCUGCAAGAAAGGCUACAGUCUGGUACAGGGUCUAAUUACAUGGCAGACCGUCUCACCCCUGGGGCCAGUGCCACCAGCUACAAUGUCUCGGAGAGACUCACCCCCGGGGCCAGUGCUACAAACUUUUCUCUCUCAGAACGUCUCACACCAGGAAGUAGUUCAAAUUUUGUUUUACCUGAAAGAUUAACUGCUGGAGCAGGCACAAAUUAUCCGUUGUCGGAGAGGCUGACUCCGAGUGCAGCUUCAAAUUAUGCCCUGUCAGACCGACUCACUCCUGGCUCUAGUUCAAAUUAUAAUCUACCCGACCGUGGACUACCAACCAAUCCAGGUGCAGACUUCUCUUCCCUUCGAGAUGGAUUGCCGGCCAACCUAGCAGCAGAAUUUGCAGAACGGCUUACGCCAAGUACCACCAGCUAUGCUUCUGCUAUGUCUGAAAGACACCAAGGUACCAACAACAAUACAUUUGCUCACUCUGAAAGACUCACUCCCAGUUCGAACUUCCCAGAAAAUCUGGGCAGUGCAAACGCCGACUAUUCGCUGUCUGAUCGACUGACACCAUCUGAAAGUGCUAGCUACACAUUAUCUCAGAGGAUACAGAACCCUGUGUAUUCCCAACAGGACCGUAUUCCAACCAGCUCCGCAUCGUCACACUAUACCAACGCCACUGGUGGCCAGAUGCCACCCAGUGCUCACAGUAUACAGCAGCCACCAACAGCUCACAGUGGCCACAGUGGCCCACAGAACGCCCAUAGUGGCAUGAACUAUAGUCUCCAACGUGGGCUUCUUACGACCACCAGCUCCACUUAUCCUACAUCAGGUAUGCUGCAAAGCAGCGAGGGAGGCUCCUAUCCUUCGACACAACCAAAACAUUUGUCAACUACAGCAAAUUCUCCCUACUCCCGAGGGCCUCCAUCAGAUGGGGGUACAAGUUACCAAUUGACUGAAAGUGCAGACCCGCGGUUUCUCAGCUUACCCCCCGGAAGCAGGCUUCCCCCUGGGGCAGGGGCAUAUGCCAGCUCUGAGGGCACAAUGGAUGCAGGGAGUCCUUCUUAUCAUCCAUAUUAUCAACAUCAGGGUAAAAUGUCGCCAGUAUUAAAUCCGGACUUUAUGUACUCACUACAUGGAAGAUUUCCAAUGACCUCUAGUCCAAAUCCGUCAGCAUACGGACACCCAGAAUCUCUAACCCAGAGUGCUAGCUCCUACUAUUCUCAGCUAGAGAAAAUGCCGGGACGUGGAAAUCCUUACUACCCAAUGAUGGACAGGGCAGCCCCUGUGGCCAACAGUUAUUACAUGUCACAGCAACGUCAACUACAGUACGGGCAGUUCCCGCCCGGCAUGGUGCCAUACGGUCAGCAACAAGCUUCAAACUACGACGAGCUGGUGAAACAUCAGCACCAGGGCUACGGAAAGAGUCCUGAAAAACGCAGCAAGGGUUACGGAAAACGUAAAAUGAAGGAGGAGGACGCAGACGGGGAUGACGAUUAUGACUACAGUCUGUGUAAUCACUGGUACAUGGUAUCUGAACAUCGGACAGAUGUGCCGUUGGAGAACAAUCUAACGAAAACAACGGAAAAGUCUCUGGACAAUUCGGAAACGAAGGAUAGUGAUGUUAGCAGUGUGGUCAUCAAACAGGAGCCAGAAACCAGACAACCAAUUUUGACAAUUUUUAAUUUCUCUGUCUUAGACGGUGAAUAUUCUCUCUCAGACCAAUAUUUGUUGCUGGAACAGAAGUUAUGUAAUCAACUUCGAGGAAUCCAGUUUCAGAAACCUGUGUCCCAUAUCUACAAUCCACUGGUGUAUGCGUUCGAGACUCAUGCUGAUUUUGUCAGGCGGUACACCAACAAACAGAAACCUAUACUGUUCCUCGGGAUGAACCCUGGACCCUUCGGAAUGUCUCAGAACGGAGUACCGUUUGGUGAGGUGGGAACAGUUCGAGACUGGCUUGGAAUAAAGGGCACCGUACACAAACCUGCGCGAGAACAUCCUAAACGACCAGUGAUGGGACUGGCCUGUCAUCGUUCAGAGGUCAGCGGCUCAAGGUUUUGGGGAUUUUUCAAGAACUACUGCAAGUCACCGGAGAACUUUUUCAAGAACUGCCUUAUACAUAACAUGUGUCCACUGGCGUUCAUGGCACGAUCAGGGCGAAACCUUACCCCACCAGAACUCUUUGUCUGGGACCGCAACAUGCUCACUCAGGCGUGUUCGGCUGCACUUCUUGAACUUAUUGAUAUGUUCGAUAUCCAGGUCAUUGUUGCGAUAGGGCGCUACGUUGAGGCAAGAGCUCUUCAGGCACUGAAGGAGGCAAACAUCACCAAUAUCAAAGUUCACUGCCUGCAACAUCCCAGCCCCUUGAACCCGCAGGCGAACAAGGGCUGGGACAGUAUCGCUAUGAGGACUUUACAGGAGUUUGACCUUCUGCAUUACAUAGUCCGAGACCAACCAGCUUCGAACGAACAUCCGCAAGAAUAAUCUCUGUUUUACAGAGCAUCCAAAUUAAGGGUUGGAAACUAUUUACUCAGAGAAAGUUGUGUUAAUUAUAUAGAGAUAUGAUGAUAUUGGGAUAAUUGAAAAGAAACGUAUAAUUGAAGUUACAGUUUGUGACAGAAUUUUGUUAUUCAAAACACUGAAAACUACCUGCUAUGACUGUAUCAUUUUUUAGCUAGAACAUAUACAUGUAUUUCGUCCAUAAGAUGAACAAAAAAUAAUCCAGUCUCAUUUUUUAAGUUAAAUGUCUUUAUACUUUUUAUCGUGAUCGAGUGGUUCUGUUCUUGUUUUACAUGUUUGUAUGUCAAAGUUUCCAAAGGAAAAUGUGUUUUUAUCAUCAUAAAGUAUAUCAGCAGACAC